CUCACAUUCAUUUAUCUCUCGCGAGGCUCGAAGAAAGCCAAAAGAAAAAAAAAAAUCUAAAAGAGCCUCUUCUUCGUCCUCUUCUAGGGUUUCGACUGUAGAGGGGCGGUAGGGGCUUUUCAACCUCUCGCUAAAGUAGGGGAAGAUGAGACCUGUGUUCUGUGGCAACUUUGAGUAUGACGCUCGUGAAGGUGAUCUUGAGCGCCUUUUCAGAAGAUACGGCAAGGUCGACAGGGUUGACAUGAAAGCUGGUAAGCUCUCUUGUUUCUUUCUUUCUUGUUAACUUGGGAGCCAAACUCUCGAUUCCAUCAUUUCAUUAACUUUGGGAGUACGUACCGUUGUCACACCCUCGUGUCUUGUUCCCUCACAUACGUAUGCCCAUCUCAACUUCACCCACGCACUCAAGCAGACGGCAUUGAAGUUCUAACGAGAAAACAAGUACUUCAUCCGCAAUAGCACACUACCUUCCCAUAUCCUCGACUUAGUUGCAUUUCAUUCCCCCCUCGUAGAAUCAUACCAACCUCUCACAGCAGCUCAAAUCUGGAGUAUGCACCACCUUAUUUCUUCUCUCCGUCUAAUGACCCUCAACGUUUUCAGUUGACAUAUUAAAUCCCAUAAUGCUAAGGGUUUGCUUUUGUCUAUAUGGAAAACGAAAGGGAUGCUGAAGAUGCUAUCCGAGCGCUUGACCGCUAUGAGUAUGGCCGUAAGGGACGCAGACUCCGUGUUGAGUGGACUAAGAAUGAGCGUGGAGCUCCUACAAGAUCAAGUGGUUCAAGGAGAUCAUCAAGCCUGCGACCUUCCAAGACUCUCUUUGUCAUCAACUUCGACGCAGAGAGCACUAGGACCCGUGACUUGGAGAGACAUUUCGAGCCGUAUGGAAAAAUCGUUAACGUUAGGAUCAGAAGGAACUUCGCAUUUAUCCAAUACGAGUUGCAAGAAGACGCCACCAGAGCACUUGAUGCUACAAACUCAAGUAACCUUAUGGAUAAGGUGAUCUCAGUGGAGUAUGCAAUGAAAGAUGAUGAUGCUAGAGGAAACGGAUACAGCCCCGAGAGACGUCGUGAUAGGUCUCCCGAUAGGAGAAGGCGAUCACCUAGUCCUUACAGAAGAGAAAGAGGCAGUCCUGACUACGGCAGAGGAAGACGCAGCCCGAGUCCUUACAGGAGAGCCAGGGUUAGCCCUGACUACAAGAGGGAUGAUCGGAGGAGGGAGAGGGUCGAUAGCCCUGAUUAUAAGAGGGAUGACCGUAUGAGGGAGAAGGAGGCUAGUCCUGAUUAUAAGAGAGAUGACCGCAGGAGGGAGAAGGAGGCUAGCCCAGAGAACGGAGCUGUGAGGGACCGUAGUCCAAGAAACGGACGUGGUGAAAGCAGGAGUCCUCCUCCGUAUGAGAAGAGGAGGGAGAGGGAGAGGGAGAGGGAGAGGUCAAGGUCUAAGUCUAGCCCUGAGAAUGGUCAAGUAGAAAGCCCUGGACCGAUAAUGGAAGAAGAAGAGGCUGGAAGAGGAUAUGAUGGUGCAGACAGCCCCAUACGCGAGAGCCACUCUCGUUCGCCUCCAGCAGAAGAAUGAUGUAUGAGCAAACAGAUGAUGAUGUCUCUCUCGCAAAGUAGCUGUUGUGUGAAGUCUUUGCUAUGUUAUGUUUAGUUUUUAGUGUGUGCUUUUGAGUCUUUGUUCUAGUGCCUUUGCAAACUUCAUUUACAUUUUGUUGGACUCAUUCGAAUUCGAUUACUGCACUUUACUUCGGAUCACUAUUUCUCAGUAGAUUGUUUUAUAAGCU